AAAUGGCAGUAGGGUUAUUAUUCUGCAAUAAGAAAUUAAAAAGGUAUUGCGAAUUAAAGCACAAUUGGGUCAUCCUUAAAAUAUUAAUAAUAAUAAAAAUAUAUAAAAUUUGAUAAAGUCUUUUUUUUUUUUUUUUUUUGAAAGAUAAAUUUGAUAAAGUUGUUGGUGCCGAUCUAGUGGACAGAAAUAGUAGUUUUUUUUAUUUAUUAUUAUUAUUAUUAUUUUUUUUGAUGCAUUGAUACAAUGUUUCAUUAAACAGACGCUGCUCUCACUCGCACACCUCUCUCCCUCUCAAGAUCUUUUGGAGAUGGUGAUUCCCGCCAUCUCCGUCUCAACAACUAUUCUAACUAACAUAACCGUCACUUCAGCCCCCAAAGUUCACAAGCAAAAACCCAAAUCUCUCCGUUCAACCCUCAAGUCUCUCUCCAAAUCAGGUAAAUUGGACGAAGCUCUCUGUUUAAUCGAAUCCCUGCCGGUGAAACCUUCGGAAACCGAACCAGACCUCGAGGACUACUCUGCUAUCCUUCAUGCCUGCAUCUCUAGAAAAUCCUUAGAACAUGGACAGAGACUAUACCUUCAUCUCCUUCUCUCCAGAGACAAACACAAUCACAACCUUCUCAGCUGCCCAACCCUGAGAAGCAAGCUCAUCACGCUCUACUCUGUCUGUGGCCGAGUCGAUGAAGCCCGCCGCAUUUUCGAAGAUGGCGUUGAUGCUGAACACGUUCCUGAGUCAGUGUGGGUCGCCAUGGCAAUUGGGUAUUCGAGAAACAGGUUUCCAAAAGAAGCUUUACUUCUUUAUUGUAACAUGUUGUGCCGGUUCGUCCAACCGGGUAAUUUUGCAUUUUCGACUGCUCUAAAGGCGUGCUCGGACUUGUUUGAACUGCGGGUAGGCAGAGCAGUACACGCCCAGAUCGUAAAGUCUGUCAAAGAACCGGAUCAAGUUGUGUACAAUGCUCUUCUCAGAUUGUAUGCGGAGUCUGGGUGUUUCGAGGACGUAGUCCGCGUGUUUGAAGAAAUGCCUCAACGAAAUAUUGUUUCUUGGAAUUCACUGAUUGCCGGGUUUGUUAGGCGAGAUCAGAUAGUUAUCGCCCUCGGUGCUUUUAGGAGGAUGCAAGUUGAGGGAAUUGGGUUUAGUUGGGUUACCUUGACUACGGUGUUACCGAUCUGUGGUCAAGUAACGUCGCUAUGUAGUGGCAAAGAGAUACAUGCCCAGAUUGUAAAAUCAAUUGCUAAACCAGAUGUUCUCGUGUUAAACUCACUUGUGGACAUGUAUGCAAAAUGUGGGGCAAUGGAUUACUGUAGGCGAGUUUUCAGGAGAAUGCAAAGUAGAGAUCUGAUUUCAUGGAAUACUGUACUUUCAGGGUAUGCAAUGAAUGGGUGUAUGACAGAAGCAAUGGAGUUGUUUGAUGAGAUGGUUAAUUCUGGAUUUAGUCCAGAUGGGGUCACCUUUAUUUCCUUGUUGUCAGGUUGCAGCCAUGCAGGCCUUACAGCUGAGGGGCGAAGAUUGUUUGAUAGAAUGAUUUUAGAUUUCGGGAUGUCGCCAACUUUAGAGCAUUAUGCUUGUUUAGUGGACAUGUUAGGUAGAUCAGGGAAAAUCCAAGAGGCAAUGGAGAUAGUCAAAAGCAUGCCUAUGAAGCCGAGUGGCAGCAUAUGGGGAUCGUUACUGAACUCAUGCCGACUUUAUGGCAAUGUUUCUCUUGCAGAGAUUAUUGCAAAGCAGCUGUUUGAGCUUGAACCAAACAAUUCGGGGAAUUAUGUGAUGCUAUCCAACAUUUAUGCAAAUGCAGGGAUGUGGGAGGGUGUUAGGAUGGUGAGAGGGAUGAUGGAAAAGAGGGCAAUCAAGAAAGAGGCUGGAUGCAGCUGGAUACAGAUAAAGAAUAGAAUACACACUUUUCUGGCUGGUGGGGGUUUUGAAUUUCGUAAUUCAGAUGAGUACAAGAAAAUAUGGGACAAACUGAAGGAAGCUAUGGAAGAAGUUGGAUAUGUCCCAGAUACAGGAGCUGUGCUUCAUGAUGUAAACGAAGAAAUAAAAGCAAUGUGGCUAUGCGGGCACAGUGAACGACUUGCAACAAUGUUUGGACUCAUUCACACUGGGUCUGGAAUGCCAAUUAGAAUCACAAAGAAUCUUCGUGUCUGUGUAGAUUGUCACUCCUGGAUGAAGAUUGUAUCACGAGUUACAAAGAGACUGAUUAUUUUGAGAGAUACAAAUCGCUUCCACCAUUUUGACAAAGGGACUUGCUCUUGCAAAGAUUACUGGUGAUUGCACAAUUAUAGCUAAGUGAUCAUGGGCUCGUUGAAGCUGUUGUUGACGUCGAAGAAGCUCCUCUUGUUGUCUAUGCCCAAAUUCAGCCAACCAUUGCAAGGUUCCCCUGUACGAAUGCACCAAAAGAAACAAUGAUUUGUAUGUAUGGAUUUGAAUAUUUAAUUUCAUAGCAUGGAUUUCUCAUUA